AUGCGCCGGCUGUUCCGAGCCUUCGCGCUCGGGAUGGCCGUGGGGAUUUCGGCACUCUUCAUGUCAAGGUAUUUCAUGGGCCGUGGCAAUGAUGCACGCAGACGUGCAGGAAUGCAGCUGCUACACUGGCUGCAGAAAGACAAGGAUGCACAACCACCGCUUGGAGGAGACCAAGUGGAUGAACACCAGUCCGCACAGCAGGGCGAGCCAGGCCAGGCGCAGAAGGUGUCAGCAACUACGCAGAGCUCCUAUGCAGGCAGUCCUGUGGCGCCCGGAAGCCUGUGGCUUGGGAACACACCCUCCCAAGAGCUCUCGGCUGCCGAGGUGGACUCGAUGGCCGCCCCGCCGGCACAGCCUCGGCCCUCGAGGAACCACGACUUUGUCCUCUGUGCGAACGUAGCAGGAACUCUGGGCAGCUCGCUGCAAGCCGCUAAGGCCUUCUUCACGAUCGCCUCCAGGAUUCGGCAGAGGGGAUGGCGUGUUCGAGUGCUUCUUCCGGCCAUCGGCGGCACGGAAUUCGACAAUGUCCGCCUGGAUGAGAAGAAUGGCACCUCCUUGGCCAAGGUGCUGGAUCUGACUCGACUUCGCAAGCUUCUAGACAUUGACGAGGACUCUGCCGCGACGGUUGAACCACGGAAGAAGGUUUGUUGGGAGAAGGGCGCUGAUGUCUCUGUGUUCAGCUUGGUUCAGAUACGGAACGAACAGCUCCGUGGUGUGACAGUGCCCCACAUUUGGCUAGGGCCAGGAUAUGAACGGUGGAUGUUCGAGCAACUGUUUGACAACCUCGGGACACUUGCGAAUGCACCCAAUUUCACUGAUGCGAUCCGGGUUUUCUGGCAGAUGCGGAGCUCCAGCCCGACGGAGUGCAGUCCCUUCGUGUACCCAGAUCUGGCAUUUGAGGUGGGCCAGGCCAUGCUCCUGAAGCCACCCGAGAGAGCAGAACCCUGUGCCUUCGUCUACGUCGGUCCCAUCAUCCGCCGUGAUCGGCUGUGGCACUUGCGGCCGGGGCCAGACUUCACGAAGUGGUGUCCGCAGUGCUCCUUGCCGGACCUUCCUGCUUGGGUGAAUGCCACGGCCAAGAAGAUUGGCUCGUUGCUGAAAGAGCAGCAGUUGACCUGCGCCACUUUCUAUGUCCGCCUCCUCGGCCUUACCAGCACGGAAUUUCUACAACUCAUCCAGGAUGGGGCGGCUACAGCAGGUGUUCCAUUUGAGGCUUCGCGGAUCAAGAAACGGUCGUGCCGCUUGUGCAUGGAGGCCAACAUGGAGGUUCUGCAGCGUGCGGCGGCCUCGCCAUUACUGAUAGCAGAGUACGGCUCCUUCUGGCCGGACCUGCCGGCAAUGCACUUGCUGGCCCGUGGGGCCACUGUUGCCUAUCUGCAUGGGGACGUCUCUGUGCGCACGCUAGCGGGUCGCCUGGAGAAGUUCGACAAGAUCUGGAUCCACGUAACGACGUUGCAUUCGGUCGUCUUGGAUGCAAGGACAUCUGCCCGCAGUCGCUUCUUGCUGCCCCUGUCAAUGACUCUGGAUGAGGAGGGCAGCCUGAUCUUAGGAGACGUCGGGAUGCGGAGUGCAAAUGCCACCAGGGACCCAUCGGGCCCGAGCCUGCGAUAUCGGAUAUCCAAAGGUACCAACCUUUUUGGUGACUUCAGCCCCCAGGCUGCCAUGAUGAACCUCAUGCAGAGUGACGGCCUUGGUGAUGCGAUGCCCAGAGAGAUACGAGAUCAGUGUCUUCAGGUUAAGUGGUUGCUUGUUGCACUCGUUGUGCCUCAGUGCCCUCAGCGGCAGCUCAUGUUCCGACUGCCGUGUUCGUUCGCCGCAGCCAUUUUUUUAUCGAAGCUUUGGUAUCUCAUUGACCAUUUACGGCGGACGUCCCCGGCUUUAUCUCGUAUGGACAUCGACUUCGAUGUAGCAGAGAUGAGCAGGUGGGUGGUAGGUGACGUGGAUGACGAUGAGGUGGCAGACCAUAAUGCAGCCGGGGAAGCGGAGACCAUCUACGAAGAGUACAAGUCCCUUGCCGAGCUGGAAGAGCGCAUCUUGGCACCUCUGGCCUGCCGCGGAUGGCAGCGAGUUCAGGCUCUGGCCCUGCGGCACACCGGGGCGUUGCAGCGGCAAGUGGAGAAAGCUUUAGCAGGAACUUGCGUGGUGGGACGCUUCGUGGUUCAAAGCUCGACGGAAACGAGUGAGCGAGUGGCCCGAGCGCAGCUGGUCGUUGAGAGGGGUCCAGAGUUGCUGCUGAACCGCUUGGUGAGAGUCUACACAUUGCAAAACCGCAACCGUGCUCGCCAAGGAGAUGAAGUAUGGGUGGAAAUACGGCACUGCGCUCUCGACCAAGCAUCAGUCAUUCUCAGAGAUGGCAACCAGACCCCUGAGCAGAUGCUGGGCUACUUCUGCCUGUUUGGGAGUGUCCUCCGAGCUGAACGGGCAUUAGAACAGGUGCCCUCACGGACGGACUACCUGUGCAAGCAGUCGCAGAUUCAGUGGCAGACAGGAAGGCUAAUCUUCAUUCCUUUCUCUCAGGAAGUGCCGGUUCUUCAGGUCGAAGACAGCAGUCGUCAGCAUCCAUUGGAUCGAGUGUAUCGUCUCAGGAUCGUCGACUGGCCCGUGACAUCGCUACGACCGAAAGCACUGAUUGUGGAAUCUUUCCGGCAGCCGGGAAGCUUCCGGGAUGGUCAUGAGAGCACCUUGCACUUCUUCUGCAAGGACCUGGAGCAGGCGCUGCCUGAGCAGCCUGCUGCGGCGUUACCACGGCCACUCCGCACGCAGGAGGAGCGGCGGGACCUUUCCGAUGCAGAAGCUUUCUCUAUAGACUCGGCCGGGACAGAUCUGAUAGACGACGCGCUGGAGUUCGACGAACAGCAGGGGGUCGUUCGAGUGCACAUUGCAGAUGUGGCAUCCUUUGUCAAGUCCGGAAGCACAGUGGACAGAGAUGCAGCCUACAUGGGCUGUGGCUAG